AUGUCUCUCGAAAUCCCUCUUCAAUCCCGACGAAUGUCGCGAUCGGACGAGCUCGAAGCCGCCGACUCGCGAACAGCCAUUCGACAGAUGGCCAAGCUCGGCCAGCACCACCACACCACCACAGACACGCUUGACUUUGGCUUCUCCCCGACGCCUCCCUCCUCCUUUCGCUCCCCCAACAUUCUCGCCCAGGAACACGAGCAUCACCAAAAGCUGACCACGCCGUCAGCCAUGUCGUUAUCCGGAGCCGGACCCGGAGCCGAGAACCGUUCCGGCCACGCUACGCCUUCGUCGCUGUCGUCAUCCCGCCAGCAGUUCUACGGCAACACGCCUCCGUCCAACCAGGCGUCUCCGUUCUUCGGACCGGCUUCUCCCUCCAACAAGCCGCCCAUCUCAUCGCAGCUGGCCUCCCGCGUACCCACCACCGGUGUCUCAGUCUCUUCCCAGAACACCCGUAACACCGCGCACCCGUACAACCCAUCGGUUGCGGUGCACACCAAGCGGCGCUUCUCGUCGACGGCUGCGGCCUCUGGUGCUGCAGUCACUGUCGGCUCGGCACCCAACCCGCGAAGCGCCUCCUUCAGCGCCGCCCAGCGACCGUCGUUCAGCUCGACCGAGUCGCGAUCGGCUGUGAACUCGCCUCCUUCCGGCGCGUCCAGUUACUCCAGCAACGGCCCGCUGAACACAAACUCACCCGUGGCGCUGGCCGCCGCCGCUGCCGUCACGCCCGAGCGGCUGUCGCGUCUGCUCAUGGCUCAAGGCCCGCUGGCGAUCCGGCACCUGACCACCCAUCUCGCCAUGACGAUCCGUGGUUUUGGCGACCUGUCGCUGUCCAAGCAGCGGCGGCUCAUUAUUGCAGCGCUAGACGCGGGUGACCAGACCAAUGGCAUCACAUUCGAAAAGGUUGGUUGGGGCCGAUGGGCAGCCCACCAGAACGGUGAGACCAAGAUGGAGGCCGCCAAACCUGGAGAAGUCAAGCCGGAGCUACCCACUGCACGGGAGCGGGACGUGAUCAAGCAGGAGAUUGAUUCUGCGACCGCUGCCCGGUCGUUGCUUGCAUCUAUGGCCCGUCGACGGGCCUCUGUUUCCACCAGCGGCGCCCACGGCCGGCCUCCCAUCUCGCCGACCCUCAAUCCCACAGACCAAGCCGCCACCUAUCUGAUGGGCGGGCUUGUGGGCUCAAGCACGGCUCCUUCGGCGUGGACCGACGACGUGGACCUCGAGGACGACGACAUGAUGUUCCACUCGUCGCGCAAGCCGAUCGAGAACGCCGUGUUCGAUGACGACGACGAGGACGACGACGUGCGGGACUACGACGGGCAGACCCGGCACAGCGAGACGGACGAGGAGGAUUGGCAGUCGAUGGGUGCGGAAUCGCUGCGCCGGGAGUCGAUGGUGUCGCCCCCCACGCUGUCGCUGAGCCAGCAGACCAACUCUGCGCAGCACUCGUACGCACAGUCGCCCACAUUUUUCAACCUCGACGGCCACAUGCGUGACAAGAAGGAGAUCAAUGCGGCAGUGCGCACUAAGGAGGAGGACGCCAUCAGCGCAUUGGUCCAGCUGCGGUCGUUGUAG